AUGGUGGGUUCAUGCAACAUAUUGCUCCGUUCUAUAGAAGUAAUACAUGCAUAUUGUUUUUUGUGUGUUUUGCAGGCAAGGGUGAUAUUUGAGAAAGGAACUAAGGUUGAAUACAUGAAAGUAGAUGAACUGGCUGGUGUCUGGUGUGAAUGGACUGAGAUGGAGAUAAGACAUGAAAACUAUGAUGAUGCAUUGAAGCUGAUGCGUAGAGCGACCGCAGCACCCAGUAGGAAGGCUGCUUACCAUGACAAGAGUGAGCCUGUCCAGAACAGACUAUAUAAGAACUUGAAGCUUUGGUCAAUGUAUGCAGAUCUUGAGGAAAGCUUCGGAACUUUCAAGAGCACCAAAGCAGUUUAUGAUCGCAUCAUUGAUCUACGGAUAGCCACGCCUCAAAUCAUCAUCAACUAUGGUAUGUUCCUAGAGGAGAACCAGUACUUUGAGGAAGCUUUCAAGGCAUAUGAGAAGGGAAUAGGUCUCUUCAAAUGGCCGAAUGUGUAUGACAUCUGGAAUACUUAUCUUACCAAAUUCAUGGAGAGAUAUGGAGGGAAAAAACUAGAGAGAACAAGAGACCUCUUUGAACAAUGCCUUGAAGACUGCCCUGCUAAGUUUACCAAGACUUUGUACCUGUUAUAUGCGAAGCUUGAAGAGAAGUAUGGUUUAUCUCGACAUGCUGUAGCUGUCUAUGAUAGGGCUACCAAGGCAGUUCUUCCUGAAGAACAGUAUGAGAUGUUUAACAUCUAUAUCAAGCGAGUAGCAGAGGUAUACGGUGUUACACAGACCAGACCUAUCUAUGAGAAAGCUGUGGAAGUUUUACCUGACAAUGAAGCCAGAGAGAUGUGUAUCAGGUUUGCUGAUCUUGAACGUAAACUGGGAGAGAUUGACAGAGCGAGGGCGGUCUAUGCUCACUGCUCACAGAUGUGUGAUCCACGAGUGACGGCAACAUUUUGGCAGGUUUGGAAGGAUUUUGAGAUAAAGCAUGGUAAUGAGGAUACAGUGAGAGAGAUGCUAAGGAUUAAGAGAAGCAUACAAGCCAAGUUUAAUACUCAGGUGAACUUUAUGUCAGCUCAGAUGAUUGCUGUAGAAGGAGCAGCCAAACCAAACCAAGGUGCUAUAGAUGACAUGCAGUUAUUAGAACAGAGAGCUCAAGCACUAGCUGCAGAGGCUGAGGCAGAUAAACCAAAACUCAAAAAGGAUAUUCUCUUUGUCAGAGGUGAUACUGAAGCUAAGCGAGAGGCGGUUGCCGAGGCAACUAGAGCAGCUAAUCCAGCCGAAAUCAACAUCGAUGAUGAUGAGGAUGAGGAUAGUGAUGAGGAAGUGGAUGAGGUGAAUGUAGAACAGAAGAGCAUCCCAUCUGAAGUAUUUGGCAGUAUCAAGGCAGACAAGGAUGAUUAGGAACAUCAAACAAUCAACACAACAGGGACUCAGUUUUAUGAUUAUGAGGGGGAAAAUUAAAAGCUCUCCUAAGGGGAGCAUUAGGGGAGCACUUCAAAACGCUCUUCUUUGACAUACAAGAGGAGCUCUCUUUUCCGAUUUCAAAAUGGAUGGAGGAACAUACACUAAGUUACAACCCACAACAAUCAGAUAUAGAUCUAUGCAAUAUUUAUCUCAUUGAACUUUUUAAUGUCAUUCUUCUAAUUGUGUUAUUGCUUACAAUAUGAUUGUGUGUUAUUUACAAAACCUUGACAGAGAAUGAGGUUUUCAAGGUUGACUCUAAGAGUUUGAUCAAUGACUGACACUCGACACUCUUGUUAAGCAAUUGCUGAGGCAAGCGAUAAAUCGCUCUACCAAAAAUGGAUUAAGAAGAGCGUUAGCGAUUGAUUACUCUCACUCCCCUUAAAACCAAGUCCCUGAUGCAACUUGCUAAUACUGAGUUGGAAUUGAACACAAAUCAUCUAUGAAUUUGUAAUUGCAAAGCCUCAUAUGCCUUAUUCAAAUCUCAAUUCGCACUUUGGGACAUAGUCAUGUACAUAUACCAUAAAAAAAGAACAGAAUCAUGAACUUAUACCUCAAAACAUUUCUGACAAAAUGUCUGAUGUUUCUCAAUCAUUGGCUAUGUGAACUUGAUGACAUUCCAUGUGUGUUAAAAUCUGUAGGAAUUGGAUUGAAAUUAACCCAGUGGAUUUAAAAGGUAAUACAUGUAAUGAUCAGGAAUAACUGUAAACAAAUGUGGUUAGUCUCAUAGUUCAUCUCAAAGAUGUAUUAGUUGUGUUCAAACACAUUCUCAUUCUCCUGAAGACGAGAAGAACACACUAGUCGAAAUGUUUGGGUGGUCCAUUCCAGGACCUUUUCAAGACCAACAAUUGCCCAUAAAAUACAUGCUGUACCGUGAAACCCACUACCCAAACUGCAAAUCUAUUUUGGGUCCUAAGUUCAAUCAUAUAUUUUGCAAUCGCAAUCUACUUGUUUUUGCAACAAGAAACUGAUUUCUUCCAGCUAAAAUUUGUAUUUUCUUGCAUCUCCCCCAUAGAGAUUCUUUGAAUAAGAAGAUCCCAACAUCAACCAUUGUGUAGUAUGCUAUGCUACGUGUACAUACAUGCAGUCAUACCUGUAUACACUUUGUGGUAAAAGGCAUGAAAAUGUCUGUUUGGAAUAAGGACAGUAUUUAUCAUACACGUAUAUCACUUGAACCUAUGGAAAAUAGGGAUUUUUGCUUUUUCGUACUCGUGAAAUUGAUCUGUUAUUUCUUCAAUGUAUAACAUAC